AUGUACGAAGUAGCUUCACCACCUGCUGCCACCCCAGUACCUGCGAGACCUUGCGACCCUCCCGCCACCAGCAACCCCUUUGAGGCUCCUUUUACUCCUCAAGAGGUCGCUCGUCGCAUUGCCAGGGGCCACAACACCGCCCCGGGUCCUGAUCGUUUAAGGUACCUGCACUGGAAGCGGAUCGACCCGAAGGGACUGAUAAUCACCUCCAUUUUCAACGCUGUCCGAAGGAUCGACUACGUGCCCAAAUCUUGGAAGGUGUCAACCACUGUUCUCAUUCAUAAGAAAGGUGAGACCUCAAACCCCAACAACUGGCGUCCCAUCUGCCUAUCUAAUACGUUAGGCAAACUCUACACUGCUUGCCUAGCAGAUAGGCUCCUUGUUUGGUGCAACACCAACGACCGGCUCUCCCCCUCCCAAAAAGGGUUUUUAAACUACCAGGGUUGCCUGGAACAUAACUUUGUCUUACAGUCGGUGAUCCAAGACGCCAGACGUAGCCGUAGAAACUGCCACAUCGCCUGGAUGGAUAUUGCCAAUGCCUUUGGCAAUAUCCCACACAAUACACUUUGGGAAUCCCUCAAGUGGCAUGGUUUACAUCCAGAAGCCAUUGGUGUCCUGCAGCAACUAUAUGAGGGAUCCACUACAAAGGUACGUACCAAUUCGGGGCUUACUAACUCUAUCUCCAUGCAGUCAGGUGUCAAGCAAGGCUGCCCCAUCAGCCCCCUACUUUUCAUCCUGGCUGUCGAGCCCGCCCUACGUAACAUCCAAGACCUCAACAACGGCUACUCUCUCAACGGGUUCCCCAUCAGUGUCCUGGCGUACGCUGAUGAUAUCGCCUUGAUCAGCAAUACUGCUGAAGGCCUCCAAGCCCAACUCAACACCAUACAAGACUGGACUAACUGGGCUAACAUCAAGUUCAACAUCACUAAAUGUGGAACCCUUUCCGUAGAUGGUAAGUCGCACACCACAAGCAACAACACCUUCUUUGUGGAACAGCAGGCACUUCCAGUUCUAGGCAAAGAUGAUGCCUAUUGUCAUCUGGGCGUGCCUACUGGCUUCAGUAGAUGCGACACUGAAAAGGCCACUACUGAUGGUAUCCUACAUGCACUCGUCAAGCUUCACAACUCAAAGCUUGCCCCUUGGCAGAAGGUAGAUGCAUUAAACACUUUUAUUAUGCCUAAACUUACCUUCUUUCUCACGGCAGGCACCACUCCAAAAGGAAUACUCACUAAAAUUGACAGAGCAACAAAAAGGUAUGUAAAAAAGUGGCUUGGCCUCCCUCAGCGAGCCAGCCCUGAAAUCGUCAACCUCCCAUAUAUGUGUGGCGGCACCAACAUCACACCGACAAACCAGCUUGCGGACAUCGCACAAGUUGCUCACGCCAUGCACCUCUUUGGUGCCAACGACCCCAACAUCGCAGGUAUCGCCCUAAAAACACUUGAAGAGGUGGUAAAGAAGCGAAUCACAAGGCCCGCCAGCAUAGAAGAUCUAUGUAAGUAUUUGGAUGGUUCCAUGGAGGGUGAAUUCGGGCUCCCCAGCACGGACAUCACCUCCAUGUGGACCAGAUUAAGGGUCGCCACCAGACGCCUUAAAAAACGCAUCUGCAUCUCCUGGGCCGUAGGACCAAACAACCUCCCUACCAUAUCUGCAGGGUCCACUUUACUACGUGCAGGAGACUGCCAACGUAUCCUGUGCAGUCUUCUAAAAGAGCACUAUCUCGGCAAACUUUUGGCUAAACCCGACCAGGGGAAAGCCUAUAGUGUGACCGCCACCAGUUCAGUGAGCAAUCACUUUCUUAAUAACGGUAGGUAUACCAGAUUCACUGACUGGUAUUUUGUUCAUCGGGCUCGGAUGAGUGUUGUGGCUCUCCGCGGACAUCGGCGCUUCGGCAAUGAAACCAAAAGCUGCAGACGUUGCGGCCAUGUCCGGGAGACUCUCGCCCACGUCAUCUGUCAUUGCCCCCCGAACCUCCACCUAGUGACUCAACGGCAUAAUGCCAUUCUAAACAGACUCGUCCAGGCCUUCAAACCCGAUGGAGCUCAGGUACUCGUUAACCAGUGCGUGCCUGGUUUCAAUGACAACUGCAGGCCCGAUCUGGUUGUCAUACACGAACAAUCAAAGACUGCCACUAUUGUGGAUGUAACCUGUCCAUUCGAAAACCGACCAUCCGCCUUCCAAGUGGCCAGAGACGAGAAAUUACGUAAGUACGACUCCCUUGCCCGUUACUUCCGCCACCAGGGCUACGAUACCCACAUCAGUGCCUUCAUCAUCGGAGCCCUGGGUGGCUACGAUCAUGCCAACGAAGCAACUCUACAGAGACUUGGCAUCAGUCGUCGCUACGCUAACCUCAUGAAAAAAUUGAUGGUUAGCGACGCAAUUAAAUGGAGUAACGACAUAUACCGCAGACACAUUGGCGACCACGACCAGCAACGCUGUGCACCAACUACUAACAACUAA